AUGUCGUGGCUAAAGGAAUGCAUUUUGAACUGGUUUCAAUUCCUAGUUUUAAGGGUCAUUAAGACUGGCGAAAUACCUAAACACGUGGCAUUUAUCAUGGAUGGUAACAGACGUUAUGCGAAGAAACAGAACUUGACGAUAGCAGAGGGACACUUAAAGGGGUACAACAAAAUGAUUGAGAUGUUAUACUUGUGCAGGGAUCUUGGUAUUGUAGAAUUCACAGUUUAUGCAUUUAGUAUACUAAAUUUUAAACGUAGCAAAAAAGAAGUUGAUGAUCUCCUAGACCUUGGCAGGCAGCAGUUCAAGCAUUUCUUGGAAGAGAAGAAAAAAUUGAAGGACGAUGGAAUACGUAUUCGUGUAUUUGGCAAUUUCUCGUUGGUGCCAGAAGAUUUAUGCAAAUUAUUUGCUGAAACUAUGAUUGCUACUAGGGAAAAUAAUAGAAUAAUCAUAAAUUUUGCUGUUGCUUAUACAUCAAGGGAUGAAAUUACUCAUGCAAUUAAGGAUAUGAUACAAGGUGUAAAGGAUACUGAUAUUUUACCAGAAGAUAUUAACGAAGAUCUGAUUACUGAUUGUUUGUACACUUACAAGUCUCCAAAUCCAGAUUUAUUAAUUCGUACUUCCGGAGAAACUCGACUUAGCGAUUUCCUCACGUGGCAAGUAAGAAAGCUUAUUUAA